AUGAUGAUGAAUCUCAACAUCACCGGUCUUCCUCGCCUCUCCCGCCCCUGCCUUAACGAACUUAUCCGUUCUUCCCUCUACUCUUUCGGCAUCAUCAAGGAGGUCGUUAUUUACCUGGAGAACAGGUUCUUUACUGGAUCUGGCUACGUGUACCUGGAACGCCCACCUAAUCAGGAUCGUGUUUACUCUCCCCUGGUUCACAAGAUUCCCUGCGAAGGUUAUGGUCAUGUUUUCGGCACUUGGGCCAAGAUGGGUCCCCAUUGCAGAUACUGUAAGGCCAUGGGCCACGUUCUGGCUGACUGCCCCACCCGCCCAAUCGAAUCUCGCACUUGUCACGCCUGUCAAGCCGUCGGCCACCUUCAGGCAACCUGUCCCCGUAUCAACAACCCUCAUCCCAACAACAACACCAGUAACAAACGCAUCCGUAAACAGCCCCGUCGUGAAUCCCAGUCCACCCCCGCCCGUACACAAACUCUUCCCCCUGUCCUUCCCGCACUACCCAAGCGAAAGAAAAAGUCCGCUCCUCGUACACCGCCUGCUAAUCAGUUUGACAUCUUGGGCAAGUCUGCGGCCGAGAUUGAGGCCGAACUUGCACAGCUAUCCACUCAUGACCCUUACCGAUGA